AUGUUCCUGUUCACUCUCUUAUUGGCAUUAUUGAUUCCUGUGUUGUUGUGUGGUGGUUUGUUUUAUUACCGAUACCUACAAUUUGAGAAGGAAAGAAAGAAGGUCAAUUCCGAAGAGUGCUUGUCCCGAAAGCAUGUGGUGAUUACAGGUGCAAGUUCUGGUAUCGGUGAGCAACUGGUGAAACAUUAUUGUCAAAUUGGAAGAAAAAACAAAAUUGUUCUUGCGGCUCGUAAUUUAGAAAAACUUAAUGAAGUGAAAGAGACCUUGUUAAAGGAAUAUUCAGAAAGAGGUCAUGACAUUCUUUGCCUUAAAAUUGAUGUUUCAGUAGAAAGUGAUUGCAAAGAAUUAAUUGAAAAGAGUUUAAGCUAUUUGAAUGACAGAAUUGACACAAUUUAUUUGAAUGCUGGCAGAUCUAGUCUUCAACCAUUAUCUGAAGCCAAAGAUCUUGAAGGUCACAGAAGUUUGAUGAAUACUAAUUUCUAUGGUUGUAUUGCUCCUACGUUUUAUUUAUUACCUCACUUGAGAGAACGACAAAAUACUAAUUGCCAUAUUUGUGUAGUUUCAUCUUUGGCUGGAUUGACAGGAGUGAUCCGAAGAACAGCAUACUCUGCCUCCAAGUUUGCAUUGCAUGGUUUCUAUGAAUCUUUAAAGUUAGAAUUAAUGAAAGAAGGAAUUUACGGAAAGAAGGUCACUCUUUCACUUGUUUGUCCUGGAUUUGUCAAGACCGCCAUUCAUUUCAACGCACUAGGAACACAAGAGUCCAGUCAUGUGAAGAGAGAUUUGAGUGAAUUCAUGUCUGUAGAAGAAUGUGUUGAAAGAAUGGUCACAAACACUGAAGGAUCAAAUUCACAAUUUCUAUUUAUUGUCCCAUAUACUGAAAGAUUACUCAUUCAAUACGUUAGACCUUGGGUUCCAUCCUCUAUUAUUGACCGUAUUGUCUUGAAAAAAGGAGAGUCUGUUCAAAUUGAUCAAUGA